AGACAAGGGAACAAUGGAUGAUUCUAUCAGAAUCAUUAUCAUAGCGACAACAGUGGGUGCUGGCAUAUUCCUUGGCAUCACACUUAUCGUCUUAUUGAUAAAAUACAAACGAUUGAAGCGGGCUUCAAAAUUAUCAACUCCUGUCAAUAUUCCAUUGGAGGUGAAUGAAAUUUCACCACAACCAUUGCCAGUUGAUGAGGUAAAUUAUUUAUGGUCAUGGUGUUGGUGACACAGUGAAUGGUUAUUACAUAUGGGAUUCCAGGAAGAACAGAUCGAACUGAUAAAGUUAUCCAAUAUAAAUAGUUUUAGUUUAGGUUUCUUCUUGUAGUAGCACUGGAGGAAUAAGAGAUGGGCUCACUGAACCUCUAGAAUUGAUAGAACUAUGACAGCUAUCUAGUAUAAGUAAAUUUACUUUAGUUUGUACUUGAACUUCGAGGGUUUUUCUGUCUCCAGUUUUUCUCUAUCAUAAAAACCAACUCUUAGAAAUUAGUUGUCAAGCACGUGCAUGUAUCGUGUGCCUCUGACUCGGGUGAAUUGGGCAACCACACGCUGUGUGUAAUCGUCAUUAAAUAAAUCAAUCAUUCUUAUCAAAAAACAGGAGACAGUUUACGAAACUGUUCCGAACGUUGAUCAAGGGUUUCACAAAGACGUUGCCACAAAUGCAAACGAGUCUGAAGACAUAUCAGCUGAAGGUCAGUAAUAUCACAGAUUAUAGAUAUUAAUAUCUAACCUGUGGUAAUAAGCGUAUAAGAAUUAGUAUAAAAAAUUAUACUAACUUUGGUAUGUACUGUAACAUAUUUGCUCAUUCUAAGAAGAAAUGUAAUAAUAUAUCUUGGUUGAAAAGAAAUCAAUCUUGAUAAAUGUUUUCACUGAGAAGUAGUAAAGAACGAGGAUGAGAGUUGGUAAGAGGUAAUGAAGGUUGAAACUUUCGCUCGUGUUUGACCACCAACUUUUCAACUUUUAAUUGGUUCAAAUUUUGAUGAGAGUUUUUGCUGCGCGCGCUAAUAUCAAGUCAAAUCUCGUCAACUGUCAGCACCUCUUCUUCUCGUUUGACCAGGGAGAUUUGUAAUCGUCUUUUGUUUAAUUAAAGGCCAGGCAUCACUUCACGAUUGGGCAGGAGUUCUAUCAAAUGCAGACAAGACGUCUGGGUACGAAACGCCAGUCGAAAAUGAACAUCAGACGUUUGGGUACGAAACAUCAGUCGAAAAUGAACAUCAGACGUUUGGGUACGAAACAUCAGUCGAAAAUGAACAUCGAGAGUUUUACGAUGACGUCGCCACAAAUGCAAACGCGUCUGAAGACAUAUCAUCUGAAGGUCAGUAAUAUCACAGAUUAGAUAUUAAUAUCUAAAUCUAAAUAUGUAUAUUAGGUACUAUGUACAACAUGAGCAGCCGUGUUGAAAAGAAACCUGUCUUGAUAAUUGUUUUCACUGUAGAACGAGGAUGAAAGUUUUAAGAGGUAAUAAAGGUUGAAACUCUCGCUCGUGUUUUCCCGCCAACUCUCGUGCACUCUCAUAAACUCUCAUCAGUGUUCAGCUGGUUCAAAUUUUGAGUAGAGUUCAUGAGAGUUUUUGUUGUGCUUGGAAAUAUCCAGUUAACUCUCAUCAGUGUUUAUCUGGUUCUAAUUUUGAGUAGAGUUCAUGAGAGUUUUUGUUGCGCUUGGUAAUAUCCAGUUAACUCUCAUCAGUGUUCAUCUGGUUCUAAUUUUGAGUAGAGUUCAUGAGAGUUUUUGUUGUGCUUGGUAAUAUCCAGUUAACUCUCAUCAGUGUUCAUCUGGUUCUAAUUUUGAGUAGUUCAUGAGAGUUUUUGUUGUGCUUGGUAAUAUCCAGUUAACUCUCAUCAGUGUUCAUCUGGUUCUAAUUUUGAGUAGAGUUCAUGAGAGUUUUUGUUGUGCUUGGUAAUAUCCAGUUAACUCUCAUCAGUGUUCAUCUGGUUCUAAUUUUGAGUAGUUUAUGAGAGUUUUUGUUGUGCUUGGUAAUAUCCAGUUAACUCUCAUCAGUGUUCAUCUGGUUCAAAUUUUGAGUAGAGUUCAUGAGAGUUUUUGUUGUGCUUGGUAAUAUCCAGUUAACUCUCAUCAGUGUUCAUCUGGUUCUAAUAUUGAGAAAAAUUCCAUGCAAACUCUCGCCAUAUUAAGACGGAUGAUAUAUAUUUAUUGAUACAAUGAUAUAUUUAGGUUACGAAACUGUCGCAAGUGUUGAUCGAGAGUUUUACGAUGACUUUGCAACAAAAGCAAACGAGUAUGAAGACAUGAGAGUUGAUGUGGAGUACCCCUGUUCUAACACAAAGCAUUUUACAGCGCCCAGCUGAUGAGAGCUUUCGCUACGCGCGCUAUAAUUAUGCACGCCGAGAGUUGAGAAAAUCACACAGGCAUGAUGCUUGCGAACUCUCGCUAUAUUAGGGACGGGUCCUGCAGUCUUAAGCAUUGAUCAAACGCGCAUGAGAGUUGAGAAGCAGAGUUUAAAGCGAGUGAAGUGCAGACAAUGACUUUUGUUUUAGUCUUGGUGAGACACUAUUGUACGAGAUUAUUUUUUCUGCAAUUUUAUAUGUUAUUAUGCAAUAAAAUAUGUUAUUAUUAAAGUUAAAGUGAUUCAUUUUCAGUUCAGCCUUUCGUUACAUGGGUCCGAUAUACUAUUAAUGUGCUAUACGUGUCUUUAAUUUGGACUUGUAUAUUUUUUCUCCUUCAUGAUUAAAGAAACGUCUGGCGAAUAUUGGAUCAAAGAACUCAGUUUAAAGAACGAAGAUAAGACGAUACUAAAAUCUCAAAGAAUGCUGAAUGAUCGUCACAUGAACGCUGCGCAAAAACUAUUAAAGAAAAAAUUUCCACAUAUCAGUGGCUUACAGGACACCAUCUUAUCCCAAACUUCGUUCGUGAACACACAGGGUGAAGGAAUACAGAUCCAUAACACUGAAAAAUACCAUUGGAUUACAUCGGCAUCAAUAGGUAUAUAUAUAUAUAUAUAUAUAUAUAUAUAUAUAUAUAUAUAUAUAUAUAUAUAUAUAUAUAUAUAUAUAUAUAUAUAUAUAUAUAUAUAUAUAUAUAUAUAUAUAUAAAACCACAACAGACUGUUGUGGUUUUUUUGAGGUAAAACGAAAAACUAUAUAUAUAUAUAUAUAUAUAUAUAUAUAUAUAUAUAUAUAUAUAUAUAUAUAUAUAUAUAUAUAUAUAUAUAUAUAUAUAUAUAUAUAUAUAUAUAUAUAUAUAUAUAUAUAUAUAUAAAGCUUCAAAUUGAAAAUAAAUGUUAUUAAACUUCAAAUAAAUUAAUACAUGUUGUAAAGAUAAAGAUACGUUUCGGGGCACAGCCCCUUCGUCAGAAACGAGAUAAGUUCAAAUCCAUGUCCUUAAAUACUUUUGGCCCAAUCCUAAUUAACAUACACUAAUAAUAUAUAUAGACUUGCAUUAAUAUUCCUCCCUCAAAUUUAAUCCCAGUGGUACAUAUGUAUUCAAUUUUUCAAUCCAAAAACUUUCCCUUUCUGUAGGUUUAUUAACAUCCGUUAAUAAACCUACAGAGAGGGAAAGUUUUAGCAUUGAAAAAUUGAAUACAUAUGUACCACUGGGAUUAAAUUUGAGGGAGGAAUAUUAAUGCAAGUCUAUAUAUAUAUUAUUAGUGUAUGUUAAUUAGGAUUGGGCCAAAAGUAUUUAAGGACAUGGAUUUGAACUUAUCUCGUUUCUGACGAAGGGGCUGUGCCCCGAAACGUAUCUUUAUCUUUACAACAUGUAUUCAUUUAUUUGAAGUUUAAUAAAAUUUAUUUUCAAUUUGAAGCUUUAUAUAAAUGAAGUUUUUUGAGAGGCUAGUGAUAUAUAUAUAUAUAUAUAUAUAUAUAUAUAUAUAUAUAUAUAUAUAUAUAUAUAUAUAUAUAUAUAUAUAUAUAUAUAUACAUAUAUACAUAUAUAUUGAUAAUAUUAAUAUCAAUAUAUCUCAGUUAAACCUGCAGGGCCGCUUAAAAAGGCAGUGUGACCGAUUUUGAUCCUCGCAAAACCUUGCUCAAAACCUGAUAAGAAUAAUUGUAAGCACAGCAUAAGGAUGGUUGAGAUUAGGCGAGGAUUGAGCGUACACUUUUUCAAGCUUAGGGUCAAUUUGUGUGAAAACGUCGUCUUACAUGCUGUGUGCAAGUUUAAAGUUGUUUAAUACGAUUCGUAUAUCAUAACUGAACAUAUUUAUAAUGCUUAUUUUCAAAUUCGCUGGUCCGCAGACUUUGAAUAUAAAAGACAUUUUCGGUCAAACAUCGGUGACACUGCCCCUUUAAUCCGUGUUUACCUCAAAAGACCACUAUAGUCUGUUUUAUCUGUUAAGACUUAAGAAUCAUUUGAAAUUUGAAAAAAAUCCAAAUUUGUUACCACCUGCAUGUAAUUCUUUACGGAUGAAACACUUUAUAUAGACCCAUUGCACAUGACGUCACAGCGCCGGUGACGAUGCAUCUGGAGGAUAAAUUAGCAAUCUAUGCAUAAUAUAACUUUCGUAAACAAAGCAAAUUUUGUAAAACUUUAUAAUAAUUUUGUAUUAAAAUGGUUAAUUUUUGCGCUGUAUGUGAAUUUUGUACCCGAACAAAUAUUGUUAGGAAGCAUCUGGAGGACACUCUAAGGAUUUGUGACGUCAAUGCAAUGGGUCUAUAGUGACUUUUCGAUUAGAUACAUUAAUUUAACCUAAAAUUUGUAUAUAUGUUGUUGACAUUGACAGGCGGUCAUGUUAGAGUCUGCGACAGCCGCUACGAUUACCUGGCGGGAUCAACCAAAGUUCAACUGGCACAAUGUUACCAAAAUUUAAUUGACGAGUCGGGACGUUUGGAAGUGGAUAUCCGACCUGUUCAGACCCAGACAGGAUCAGUCGACUGUGGAUUGUUUGCUAUCGCCUUCGCGUACGAAUUAACAGUUGGACACCAGCCCGUACACCUGAUACACUUUGACCAAAAUAGAAUGAGGAGCCAUCUUCUCUCCUGUUUUGAGAAGCGAGAACUAACCCACUUCCCCCAAGCAAGUCGACAGCCAGCAACACAGCCAAUUAGGCAACACAACAAAGUUAAAAUCGCGACCUUAUGUGACUGUAAACUGCCAGAAAAAUGUAACUGUGCACUAGGCUUUUAGCCAGAGUUCUAAAAGAUGGCGUCCAAUUUUGGUACAACGAUACAUCUACAGUAAGGGGGGGGGGGGUUGAGAAAACGUUCCUCUGGAAAACCUUUGAAGUUUACGUUACUUCAUGUCAGUAUCUGUCCCAAGCUCGUUCGAAAUUUUUCAAACACACUUGGCUUUGUGAGUUUGUGCCGCUAUGCUUCUUUACUUAACUACGACAUUUUCAUUCAGCCAUGUACCCAUCAAAUAGAUCAAAAUGUCAAAUGUAUAAUAAUAAUAAGAAUUGAAGCUAUUUCGUUUCAGAUAAAUUAAUAUACUUAGGGAAAUAAUUGAAAAUAAUUUCCCUUUUCCCCCAGAAUUUGGGCGUCCAAAGGCGUUCACUUUUUUCUAUAGGGCGUCCCAGGACGCCCUUCUGGCUAAAAUCCAUCUGUGCACACAAAGCUUCUUUUUAAUCUAAUAAUCUUUAAUCUUUCAAGAGUUUCACAUUAAAUAGUAUAUACUAAUUUACAAUGUGAAUUACAUUUAAAAUUUAUAAGAAAUCUAACUAUAAUAUUUACAAGUAAUCUUUAAUUUAAAAAUAUUUUGAAAGAAUCGACAAAUUUACUUCGACUCCAGCCUUUGCGGUUAAAACUUUCAAUCCCAUACUAUUUUUAAAUCGUUCUGCUCGAUAUCUAAAAUUAUACAGUUUUUCUCCAUUUGAUUUAGUUUGUCUCUGUCUUAUCUGAUUAACUGUUUUUGGCAAGAAACUAUGUAGUCUUUAAUAUUUUAAGGAACUGAACUCAAUAAACGAUCCAAUACUGAUCUGGAGGACAAGGGAUACGUAAUACCUGCUCCUGGGAAACCACAACACGAAACAGCAGGUCAAAAUAAAACCUGUGAAGAGCCCAAAUUAUCGCCAGAAAAUCCUGUUUAUACUGAGCUUGAUGUGAACGGUAGGAAUACAACGGAAGACAGUACCUAUCAGAAACUAGUAAAGCCAGACUCACGAAACAUCCUUCUUUAACAGUUCAUGAUAAAAAAAUAUGAUUUUGACCAAUAAAUGCGGGAAUAAGCUUUAACACGAAAACGAGGCUAAGGGGCAAUGGCCCAUGCAUGUAUUGAAGAAGGAUGCUCUGCUUCUUUGCACGUAGCCAGUGAGAAAAAAACUUGAAAUUCAUUCCAUUUAAGGGGAGUCCUAAGCUAAAAACAGUGUAGCUGUGAGGUAAUUACCGG